AUGAACGACCACUUUAUCAAAAAUUACGGAGCUACGUCUCGUACCUCAUUGGCGAGUGUAGAUCAUGCAAGUGUCAUCCAAACGAACUUAACAAGGCAUAAGAAUGCAUUUUUCUUCGUCAACAAAAAGACUUCCAAUAAUGAAGAAACUUUGUCCAAUGAAGAAGGUCCUUCCGUUGCAACCAGGGACGAUAUGCCAACAAAUGAAGAAAGCUCGGAUGAAGAAGACUCAGAUGAAGACACACAAUGUCAGGAAUGCUAUUUGGAUAUUCAUAAAGCUCAACAAUUUGUUGUAUUGCACCCAUGCAAUUGCAUUCUUCACUUAAAUUGCAUAAAAGAUAAAUUUUAUGAAGAUCCCAAGUGCCCUAAAUGCAACACAGACACUAUGAAGGCUCGUCGCAUGACUAUCUUUGCGGGUCGUUUUAUCGACAUACCACUCGAGAUUGAAUACGUCAAAAAGUGUAUCAAGAAUCGCAGAAUAGAUCAUCAGAUGCAUCAGUCUUCAGCUCAAGAAGGUCAUUCUAAGAUUGGUACUUACUCUCGUGUGGAACUUGUCGCCCUUCGGCGAUUAAUCUACGAAAAGACGAUGUACUGUCAUUCUGUUCGCACAGGGCGGGCCCUUGACUCCAUCGAGAUCUGCAAGCAAAUUUUCAGAAAUGAUCCUAAUGCUAAGGAUCUCAUGCGUUCUUGGAUAAGACUCGAGAUUCAAGCAUUAAAGCAGAUCACAAUAGUACCUGAUCACGGGCAUUCAUUUGAAAACACUGUAAUAGCUACGCUCCAGAUGGAGAAUAUUACCGAGGAACAGAAGAAGAGAAAAGACUACGCGGAAAGCAUAAUUAGAAAUACUUUGGAUGAUUAUACCGAUUUGUUCUUGCAUUCGGCACGUGCGUUCUUGACAAGCUUCUGUCAGACGUUGGAAGAAUGGAUUCGCGCUGUGAGUUAUCCAGAAAUGAAGCCAAACAAUUCCAAUACAGUGACAUCUCCAUCAACGAGGCUCUCUAGACCUGGUCUUAAACGAUCAUCAGGACCGAGUCUCGCUCAUGUGAGAUCGAAUUCUGAGAAUAUUGAGAGCUUCAAUACUGCACAGAGUAUUGGUACUGCAUCUCCCAUAACCGUAGCACAGCCUGUUACGCAUUCAGUUGAUCAGAAUGUGCCACGGGUGACUACGUCUUCUUCUGUUAUGCAUUUGGAACAUGUACCCAGAUCGGUCACUAUAUCUUCUACUUCUGCCUCUUGGAAGUCUUACCCGGUCCUCGGCAAUCAUAACACAAGACGCAGGGUCAUGAAAUGUUUAGAUCUCCAAAAGAUUUCUCAAAGAACAAGACGUCGCGGUCUUUUCUCUGGGAUGAGAUCCUGGCGGUCACGAGCUAUAUUUUCUCGUUCCCAGUUGCAUUCCGUUGAAAUUCAUGAAGCCGACCUCCAGGCCAUAUUGUCUGUUUUAGAGGGAUCAACUGAUACCUUAGCAGUAGCUGAUGAUGUGGAGGAUGAACAGACUCAUGGUGUUGAGGAUGCCUCGCCUACAGAAGUUGGUCGGCGCAAAAAGCUCUCUCGUAAAUUUGCUAAAAUGGCUCAAUCUGCGAAGACAUCCAUCAAGAAAUUCCCCGUCAAGAAAUUCUCCAUCAGGAAAUCCUUCAUCAAGAAAUCCUCCAUCAAGAAGUCCUCCAAGGGACUGGACUGGGAGAAAGAACAAGACAUCAGAUGA